AUGAUCAUUGACUUCCACAAGACCAGACAGCUCAGCCACUCACCACUCCUCAUCGUGACUGAGGAGGUGGAGACGGUCUUGUGUUUCAAGUUCCUGGGCGUGACCAUGACAGAGGACUUGUCAUGGGGGAAGAACAUCGCCUCUGCCAUAGCGAUGGCCCAGCAACGCCUCUUCUAUCUCCGGAAGCUUAAGCAGGUAAAUCGUCCCCAGAGACUGCUGACCAACUUUUACCACCGUGCAGUGGAGAGUGUGCUCACAUAUGGACUACUGGUUCAACAGCUGCACCAAGGUGGACAAGGAAAGCCUCCACAGGGUGGUCAAAGCUGCUAUGAGGAUCACUGGGAUCAGCCUCCCAGAGAUCAACAAAGUGACAGGUUUUCUGCAGGCAUGCACUGUAAGGACAGGCAAACCAUGGGCCCCUUCAAAAAAAUAAGUAGAAGAGGGAGAAGAAGAAGUCAAGAAGUCAAUGCUGGUGUCAAUUCUGUAAUUUUCCUGCUCUUCCUUCCCGUGCUCUGCCUCAUUGGCAACGCUCCCUCCACUGCUGCAGCACCAUGGGAUACUACAGGGCCUGGAUCCACCAGGAAUAAGCUGCUGCUCAUCUCCUUUGACGGAUUCCGCUGGGACUAUGACCAAGAUGUGGACACUCCUAACCUGGAUAAGAUGGCCCAGGAUGGCGUGAAGGCGAAAUAUGUCACACCACCUUUCCUCACCUUCACCAGCCCGACACACUUCACCGUGCUCACAGGACGCCGCAUUGAGAAUUACGGAGAAAUCCGUAAUAUUUUUUUUAAGACGAGCACUACGGAGAAGAAGCCAAACUACGUGACUCAGUUCGUGGAAACUUAUCCAGACAAUGGCAGCUUGCCCAUCUGGAUAACAGCACAACGACAGGGUCUCAAAGCAGGCUCUCUACAUUUCCCUGGCACAGCGGCCACCUACAACGGAGAAUUUGUCAAGGUGAGGCAAGUGGAGCUUCAUUUUUAUGAUUAUUCCAAUGAGACAGAUUGUAAGCUGAAUAUUGACAAGGUGAUGGGAGAGUGGUUUCACCAACAAAACCUGGACUUUGUCUCCCUAUACUUUGGAGAACCACAUGGCAUUGGCCACAAAUAUGGACCAGAUUCUUCAGAACGCCGGGCGAUGGUUCGACAAGUGGAUCGUACUGUUGGCUACAUCCGUGACAAGACCAAAGACCAUGGCCUCACUGACAGGCUCAACAUUAUUAUAACUGCUGACCAUGGGAUGACUAGAGUUCUGCGAGGUGGAGAAGUAAAUGAGAUCAUCCUUUCUAAGAUCUCUGGCUUCAGCUUCACGGAUAUCAAGUUGCACCUGGGGGAUUAUGGUCCUGCUAUGAUGCUACUUCCUAAAAAUGGGAUGCUGGAAAAGGUCUACCAGGCUCUGGAUGGAAGCCACCCUCACCUUCAUGUACUUAAAAAGGAAGAGAUGCCAACACGGCUUCAAUACAGUAAACAUCCUCGACUCCUUCCUAUUAUUCUUCUUGCUGAUCCUGGAUACGUAAUCAGUUGGAUGCAGAUGUGAAUAUCUGAAGCAAUCGUUGGAUUAUCAGCAGUGGCUGGCUUUCUGGUCCUGGUUUUAAUUGUCUCCAGUGCUGUUAAUUUGUAUAAAAGGAGCAGAGCCCCAAAAGGGUAAAAUGUUGUAAUUUAUAGAUCUUAUGCUUAAAACUGUAUAUUCUGUGUGCCAUUACACUGGUGCUAUUAAACUACAUGUAUUACACUGCCACUCUAGAGAAUCUCAUAUUGCUUUGUCAUCAAUCCAGGCUACAAUGCUAACAAUGUUGACCAGUUAUUCACCCAUUCUGUAAUCCCUCUUAUACUAUAUCUAUGAUUUCUCCUUCCUCGGUCACUAUAUGAACCAUGCUGACAAUCAGUGCGUUUACAUGCAUGUGAAAAAAAAAGAAUUAUUGCCUUAAUUGGACUAUAACAGGAGAACUUGGGUGCAUGUAAACACGUUACUCCGAUUUUUCUCAUUAGAGUUCUCAUUAUCCGAUUGAGACACCCAGAUAAUGCGAUUGGAAUUUGGUUGUCUCCGGCAUGUAUACAGUGAAUCGAAGUUUUCAAUCGGAUAAUGUGUGUGACCCCGGAACAAAAACAUCUAAGAAAGCCGGUUGCAGUACAAGAAGAGCCAUCUGAGGGAUAGCGCAUAUCUUACCUGCACCAGAAGUAACACACACAUUACGUACGGAUUAAAAAAUGUACUAUUGUCCAUCUGAUUGUUGUUUGAGAUGCCAGUCUGCCGCAUGAACGACUCUUGUUUAUUAUAUGACCUAAUAGGUCAACUGUAAAACGGGCCGUAUUAAUAUGGCAUUAUCCCACUGAAAAGACACGUAUCGCCACCUAGUGUGGAGGAGGAGAACAGUUAUUUGAUUUUCUUGUGCUGCAUGUAAACUGGGACAAGGACUGUAGUCAGAAAGUCGGAUUUCGAGCAUAGCUCAAUUAAGCUCUGAAUGUAAACGCACUGAUUGAAGACAAGAAGAAUAUUGAUGUCUGUGAACACUACCCAGUCUUCUAGUACAAGUCAUUCUGUUCUGUUUACAUAUGGACUACUACACACUCAGCCACGCCUAUCCGAUCCAUCCACUCCUUGCCUCAGUGUUUCAUCUCCCUGAGCGUUUCAGGAUCGAUUUUAAGAUUCUUUUAGCAGUUUUUAUUUCCUACACAUAACAGCCAGUGUCAUACUGUGUGUAUGUUAAGUAUGCCUUCUGGGGAAGCCUUAGUUAAGAAAAUGAAACUGUUCAGUAUCAGAUAUGAAAAUUACAUGUGAAACAUGUGUUUGCUUGUCGCUGUAUAUAUUUGAUGGUGGUCAAGGUAAAAUUGAUGUUCACUAGCAUGACUUUUUGUUUUGGUGGAUGGACUUAUUGAUUAUGUAAUGAUCAAAUAUGUUAAUGUUGUGAUAUUUCUUUCUCUUAUCUAUUAGUAAUUAGUGCUUUUGACGCACAUACUGUGUAUGUGGCAGUGGCCCUGUGGUUAGCACUGAUGCUUCCCAGCAAGAAAGCCCGGGUCCUUUCUGGGCGGAUGUCUGCGUGGGUUUUCUCCGGGUACUCCGGUUUCCUCCCAUCUCCAAAGACUAGGUUAAUUAGUGACUCUAAAUUGACCCUACCUGUUGGUGUGAGUACGAAUGGUUGUUUGUCUCUGUGUUACAUUAGAUUAGAUUAGAUUAGAUUAGAGUAUUUAUUCUCAUUGCACGGUAGCAUAUAACAAUAUACAUUGCACAACAAAAUUUAGGUACAGCUCUCCCGUCAGUGCAAAAGAUAUAUUCAAUAAAUAAGUAAACCAGACAAGGCAUGUACAACAAACUAACUAAAAGGACACUAUAUACAAAUUAGAAUGUAGCCCUGCGAUAUACUGGAGACGUGUCCAGGGUGUGCCCUGCCUCUCGCCUGAUGACCGCUGAGAUAGACUCCAGGAACCCCUGCAAACCUAGUGAGGAUAAGUGGUAGUAGAUAUUGAGACACACGUACUGGCCUGUUUAAGCCUCCUCUAUCGAUAUUGUGGCUCUACUCCCUCUACUUGUACAGUGGUAUGGUUUGAAAAUAUCGAAAAUAUAGGCUGUGCCCUCUCAUCAACAAUAUGUAUAAAAAUCUAUCUCAGCAGAUCAUUGUUUAGACAUAAAUUGAUGCAUACACUUACUCAAUGCUACUCUGCGUACAUACAUAAAUGCCACAUUUAAAUCACACAUUGAAUGAUUUACAGAGGUACACUUCAACGAAAUCACUUUAAUCACUCUGGGUAUUGGGAAGGUCAUAACAAGCAAGAUUAUUUACAUUAGUGCAUGAUGCUAUUUUAACAUAUACAUACACACAACUGUAUGUUCCAGAACUUUACAGAACAAAGCAACACAAUGUUAGCAAAUGAAAGUUACCAAAUGAAAGUUGAGAGUUGAGAGAUUUGAAAUAGCAGUUUAAACAGUUUGUAAUGUCUGCAAUUACAAAUAAAGUAUACUUAUAUACGCAAAUCACACACUGUAUAUGUUGAAACAACACAAAAAUGUUUUGUACUUUGAAUAUGAUCUUGAUUUGAAAUACGCAAGACAACAAUAAAUAGUCUCCAGCUGC